CAUCGUUACAAUCCGCAGUCGACAUGCCCAAGGACUCCGCACUACCUACCGACGCUAACAAUGAAGCUGUUGUGGCCUGGCUGGAGAGCAUUCAAAAGGCCCACGGCUUCACAAAAAGUCUUGCAUACGAAUGGAAUAAGUCAGGCGGGGACGCUGAGGUGCUCUACUCUCUGGAGCAGGUACACCUAACAGAUUUAUGGGGUCUCGUUGCGGGCACUUAUAUAUAUACCCUGCUUCAUCCCCGGCACGCAACUCGAAACCACUUGGAAGCCGCGUCCGUGCACUCCGAUCUGACAGCUGGCUUUGAGAAUGAAGCUCGACGGAUUGUGCUACGAAAUCUCUGGCGUUUUUUCCUUGUCGGCUUUGGCGACAUGAACGACUACUUUAACGCUAGCCGACCUUUGCUGCCCGCCUCCCACGUUCAGAGCCACUUGGAUGCCUAUUAUGCCAAGCGUUUGCAGCGAACUUCCUCUGGGGAGAUAGAUGUUUUUAUGUACGCCACAAAGCCACCAACAUGGUCCGCGCAUGGUGGACUUGCGGCCCCGGAAGAUUUCCGACCCUUUGGUGUCCCAACAUGGCAAACCUCUAUCAAUUCGCUCAACAGCGCGGCAAGUGCGCCAUAUCCAGUCCCAAUCUCGCCCCCUUCAUCGUCCAACGAUCUUUUUGGCAGCACCCCCGCCCAGCAAGCACUCCAAGCAAGCUCGGCGUAUUACGUGGUCUUUGAGGCGACGACCUUAAAGAAGUGGAUUCCAGACAAAGUGGAACAGUUAGAGAUACAACUUGCGUCUGUAAUCUUUCGAUAUCACUCGCUAAAAAUACCCAAAUGCAAAGGCAAGGCCAUGGGCAAUUGGCUGGCGCAGGAAGUUCUGAAGUUGGUUGCUUUCGCUGGCUGGGCGUUGACAGAAGCGUAUAGCCCUGAGCUGGAGAGAGAGGUCGUUCGCCGUAUCAACGCAGCGAGUGGCUAUAAUUUUCCGUGCUUAUGGGGCCUGUUAAAAGCCGGGCGUCUCCUAUACGUCCGCGCCCCACAUGUCUCUGAGCGGGUGUCGUCCCUGAGGGACAGAGUUGAGGCGCUCUCAUCUCAACUCGAGAAGGCUUUGUUAAACGUCGAGAAACUCGCCAAGGUGGGCAAGGACAAGGACAGCAAGAGUUAAGG